AUUGUUAAACUCCUAAUGUGUCCUUUCUCUGUUUAGGUGACCUGGGCAGAGCAACAGGUGGUAAAACAGAGGAAAAAGAGGGAUGUUUUUGAAGAGCCUUUAGAUCCCAAGUUCAGAGACCAGUGGUACCUGUACAACAGCAACCACCAUGACUUGAAUGCUAAAGCUGCAUGGCAGUUGGGCUACACAGGUAAAGGUGUGGUGGUGUCAAUCUUGGAUGAUGGAAUCGAGAAGAACCAUCCUGACCUGAUGCAGAACUAUGACCCGGAUGCCAGCUACGAUGUGAACGAUGGUGAUCCAGAUCCCCAGCCUCGAUACACACAGCUUAAUGACAACAGGCAUGGGACCCGAUGCGCAGGAGAAGUGGCGGCAGUUGCCAGCAAUGGGAUCUGUGGCGUUGGUGUGGCUUACAACGCAAAGAUCGGAGGUGUGCGAAUGCUGGACGGUGAGGUGACUGACAUGGUGGAGGCACAGUCUCUCAGUCUGAAUCCCCAGCACAUUGACGUCUACAGCGCCAGUUGGGGUCCGGAGGACGACGGUAAAACUGUCGACGGACCGGCCAAACUCGCCAAAGAAGCUUUUAUGCGUGGAGUUACAGAGGGACGCGGUGGUUUAGGCUCCAUCUUUGUGUGGGCUUCUGGUAAUGGAGGACGGGAGAAGGACAGCUGCAAUUGUGACGGCUACACCAACAGCAUCUACACGCUGUCCAUCAGCAGCUCCACACAGAACGGCAAUGUCCCCUGGUACAGCGAGGCUUGCUCUUCCACCCUUGCCACCACCUACAGCUCGGGAAAUCUAAACGAGAAGCAGAUAGUGAGUUGACUCUUUCCAGAUUUUGCCGCCUGCUGCAAAGGUUGCACAAAAAGUACUAACGCACACUGCAAAAAUACAGCUCACUACCACCUAAAACAUCUGGAACAGUUUAAAGUCUGAGAAGCAGGAAGCCUGGAGAACUUAAUAAAUUGAUGAUUUUAAUGGUUGGAGAUAAAUUUUAAUCUCAUUGCGAUUAAUUCUGCACACAGUACAUUAAGCUUUUUCAGCAUUUUCAUUCUGUACCCUCCAUGUGUGAAUCACAGCUAGCUUCUUCAUUCUUUGCUGCUUUUGUUUCCACUUCUUCACCAUUCAUUCAGUUUUGGGCCAUUAAAAUGAUUAUGAAUUGUGACUGGCUGAAACUCCAUCUGGCAAUCUGUUGCUGCUUAACACUCUAGUCACAAAUGCUGUUUCCCUC